CAGUUUCAUUGAUUGAAAAAAAAAAAACAUAUAUUAAGAAAUGGAGGGUCCUAUCAAGUUCCUAUGCCUUCUUGGAUUUGUAUUCCUUGUUAGCAUUGCAAUGAUUCAUAGAGUUGAGGGUGCUGGUGAAUGUGGGAAGAAUACCACCCCAGAUAAUGAAGCUAUAAAGCUUGUUCCUUGUGCCACUGCAGCACAAGAUGAAAAGGCUAGUGUUUCUCAAAGUUGCUGUGCUCAGGUCAAGAAAUUUGCGCAGAACCCAAGUUGCCUCUGUGCAGUUCUGCUCUCUGACACAGCCAAAAUGUCUGGAGUCAACCCUCAAAUUGCCAUAACCAUCCCCAAGCGUUGCAACUUUGCAAAUCGCCCUGUUGGUUACAAGUGUGGACCUUACACUCUGCCUUAGAAGAGUUAUGGUCGUUGCUGAAAACAAGAUAAUACGUACUGUGACUACUGCUUUGUUGUAUUGUCUUGUAACUCUAUAGUUUCUAGCGAAUAAGAGCUAGCAUCUCGCUAGUGUCCACU